AUGGAGUACUUCCAUAGACUCCUACACCAGUUAAGCAAGGUUCCUGACUACAAUUUCCAUGCAAAAUGCAAAAAGCUGCAAAUUAUCGACAUCAGUUUUGCGGAUGAUGUUCUCCUAUUUACCCGUGGGGAUGGCAAGUCUAUACAACUGCUUAUGGAUCAGCUGCAAACGUUCUCGCAGUCCACUGGUUUAGUGGUUAACCCUGCAAAGUGUAGGGUGAACUUCGGGGGAGAGGAAAAUGAGACCAAAAAUAAUAUCUUGGCUACUACUUCGUUUAUGGAAGGGGAUUUACCUGGGGGUUCCUCUCACCAGUAA